AUGCCGGGUCUGGAGGGCCCCUGAUGAGUGGGUCUGGGUCCUGAUGGGGACUCUGUGAGUGAGGAAUCUGGGGAUGUGCUGCUGUUUGACAGUGCUCACCAGCCCCUGAGGUGCCUGGGGGGCUUGAUGGGGCACACCUUCGGCACCCCAGCUGGCUUGUGCUCCAACUCGGAGGGCAAUGUCAUUGUGGCAGAUGAACAGAGACGCCUGGUGACUCUGUUUCCCUGGGCUGGGCCACCCAUCUGCCUGGUGUCAGAGGGGCUACAGCAGCCCUUGGUCAUGGCCUGUACACAGGGCCAGCUCCUGGUGGCAGAUGCCCAGGACGGCGCCAUCAGGGUGUACCAGGGCUUUGAGGAUCUGGCCUGA